AUGGGCAACGCUCUCCAGAGCCUGUUCGCAGCCCCUGAGAUCAAUCCUAUCAACCACAAGGCCAAGUCAGUGCCAGUUCUCAAUCCUUUUGAUCGUUAUGGGCGCGUUUUCUUUUUCUCCUGGCUCGGGUUCCUGGUGGCGUUUCUGUCGUGGUAUGCAUUUCCACCGUUGGUGAACUUGUCGUUCGAUUGGUCUCUGGCCCCCCUAUGCGAUCGCUUCGGCCCUCGCUUGGUCUUCAUCGGUGUGCUGCUAUGCGGUGCUAUCCCCACUGCCAUGGCCGGCCUUGUCACCAACCCUGGCGGUCUUAUAGCCUUGCGAUUUUUUGUCGGUAUCCUUGGCGCCAGCUUCGUACCUUGCCAGGUCUGGACCACAGGUUUCUUUGAUAAGAAUGUGGUUGGUACUGCCAAUGCUCUGGCGGCUGGCUGGGGCAAUGCCGGGGGCGGUAUUACAUACUUCGUCAUGCCAGCUGUGUACGACUCCCUGGUUCAAGCACGAGGACUGAGCCCACACCAGGCAUGGCGUGUCGCAUACAUCGUCCCCUUCGUCAUCAUCACCGCCAUUGCCCUCGGCAUGCUGUCCACCUGCGACGACACCCCAACAGGGAGGUGGUCCGAACGCCAUUUGUGGGGCGAUGAGACGCCCUCCAGCAGAGGAACAAGUAGUGUCAUUCAUGGGAAUAUGUCGACGGGCUCUGCAGCCCCGCCGAAAAAUGUGGAAAAGAAGACGGACGAGGAGCCCUCUGACGUCGAAGCUCUUGAUAACAGACCGGGGCAGGUGCUCGACCAGGAGAUGGUCAUUGCACCCACUCUAACAGAGGCCACUCAUGUCAUUUUCAGUCUGGCGACUUGGUCAAUUGCGGCGACGUACGCCUGUACUUUCGGCGCCGAACUUGCCCUUGACUCUGUUCUGGGCUCCUACUACGGCCAAAACUUCCCGUACCUGGGCCAGACGGAAUCCGGACGGUGGGCGGCCAUGUUUGGUCUUCUUAACGUCGUCUUCCGUCCGCUGGGGGGAUAUAUCUCGGACGUGAUCUACCGCCACACCCAGUCCGUGUGGGCGAAGAAGACCUGGCUGACCUUCCUCGGAAUCGUAACGGGAGCCUUUCUUCUAGCCAUCGGCCUUGAUGACCCGACGAGCGAAGCCACCAUGUUUGGGCUGUCGGCCGGAAUGGCCUUCUUUCUGGAAGCCGCCAACGGCGCCAAUUUCUCGGUUGUUCCCCACGUCCAUCCUUUUGCGAAUGGUCGGUCGAGUUCCCCUUCUAGUAUCGUGUCAGGCGUUGUCGGAGCAUGCGGCAAUCUCGGGGGCAUCAUCUUUGCGAUCAUCUUCCGGUACAACGGAGUCCACUAUGGCCGGUCGAUCUGGAUCAUGGGGGUGAUCUGUCUCGGGGUGUUUGCGGCGCAGUCGUGGAUCCGACCGAUCCCGAAGGUCUAG